AUGGCCAGCACACUGCCCGGGAUGUUACCUUGCCUGUGCCAGGACAGGGACCUGCUGGACGGGACACCUUCCAGUGCCGAGGAGGGGAAGGAGGGCUACGACCCAGCUGUGUCACCAGGGCCUGCACCCACCAUCUCUUCUCCUUUCUUCCUGCGACUGCCAGCUGCCCUCGCCACUUUGCCUCUGGAGCUCACGGUUCUCUAUAACUCCCUGAUUUUUGCUGUGGGAACAUCUAACUGUGGCGUUAAUGGAGAAGCAGAAGAAAUACGACAGGGGCUGCUCAGAGUCCUGGAGGCCUGCGGGGCCGCUGGGCAGGAUCUCAGCACUGAGAAGCUGUGGCAGAAGGUGCUGCAGGAGACCCAACUCCUCUCCCUGCUCAGGGCAUGGAAAGUACCUGCUGAGGGGGCCUCUGUGUCCCUAGUUCAGAGCGCCCAAGACUUGAAGGAGAUACUGUUCACAGCGGCUGCCUUCCUGCAGGGGCUUCAAGAGCUGGAGGCUGGAAACCUCCCUGUUGCCCUCUCCCUCCUCCAAGAGGCUGCAGGCGGAUUCUGCUCCAAGAGGCUCCUGGCUCAGAUCUACACCUGCCUCAGCUGCUGCGCUCAGCGAAUGGGCAAGCCUCAGACAGCCCUUCAGCACCUCAAGCGGGCCCUCCAGGUGGACUUCCAGUGCCUUCCUGCCCUGUCCCAUGCCACAGCGGUGUACCACGAGCUGGGGGAGGUGGAUGCGGAGCUGCAGGCCCUGGCUGUGCUCUGUGAGGCUCUGGAAAGAAACCCUCCAGCAGCUGCUUCCCCUGCUCCCAGUUGUCUAAUCCAAACAGAGCACCUUGUCCACACACCAGCUCUGGCUUCUCUCCUCCGCCACCAACACCUGUCCGAAGUGAAGUACCUGCUGGCACAGAGGUGUCUCGAGGACGGGAGAGUGGCUGAUGCUGUGGAACAUUACCUGGAUUUUCUGUUGCUGCUUCAGGAUGGGCUGCAGCAGCAGGUCCCCCUGGAUGGAGGAUCAGCUCUGCCCAGGCUGCCAGAGGUGUUCCUGGAAGCUGCGUCUGCCCUGCAACAGGCAGGGAGGCCUCAGGAUGCCAUAACCGUGUGCGAGGAGGUCGUGAGCCGCACAGCCAACCUCAUCCCACAGACACUGCGAGCCGAGGAGAGGUGCCUUGGUGACCUCUUACGAGUCCAGCUUCAUCAGCCUGGUGUUGAAACAGCAGGGAGUGUCCUACCAGAAGUGAAGCUGCUCCAGAAGAUCAGGUUGCUGUCCCUUAUUGGGCGAGGUACCCAAUUCCUGGAGCUGGGGAAGCACAGGGAAGCCUUGCUGGAUUUCCAGUACAGCCUGCAGAUCUCACCAGGUGACCCUGCUGCUGCCUCCUACCUGGUGCAGGCCCUGUGGAAACUGGACCGGAAGCAGGAGGCUGCCAUGCACUGGCAGAAGCUCUUGGAGAGCCCCGCUGAGGAAAAGGCGCAGCAGGAAGAGCUGGGAAGGCCGUACCCUUUGUACUUGGUUUCGUGUCUGAAGCAGGCAACCUUCCCGCAGAAUGAAUCUCUUGCUGGAGACAUACAGGAUUAUCUCCAGACCAUGAACAGCUAA